AUGAUCUUGCGCAGUAUCUGUAUCUAUGGUGGAGGUGAUAGGAGGGGCCAGAUCAACCUGGUGAAGGAUGGCGUGGACAUCGUGAUUGCUACACCAGGCCGCCUCAAUGACCUACAGAUGAAUGAGCUCAUCAACCUCCGCUCCAUCACCUACUUGGUGCUGGACGAGGCUGACCGUAUGUUAGAUAUGGGCUUUGAACCCCAAAUUAUGAAGAUUCUUCUGGACAUCCGUCCAGAUCGACAGACUGUCAUGACCAGUGCAACUUGGCCCACAGGUGUGAGACGACUGGCCAAAUCCUACCUAAAGAAUCCCAUGAUGGUUUAUGUGGGCACCCUGGACUUGGCUGCUGUUAACACGGUGCAGCAAACGGUGCUGAUUGUUCGCGAAGAGGAGAAAAAGUCGUAUCUGUUUGACUUCAUCAGAAACAUGCAACCAGAGGAAAAAGUAAUCAUCUUUGUUGGCAAGAAGCUUGCAGUUGAUGACCUGUCCAGCGAUAUGUGCCUUCAAGGUUUGGCUGUGCAGAGUCUCCAUGGUGACCGUGAACAGUGUGACCGUGAAGAAGCUCUCAAGGACUUCAAAAACGGUCGAGUUCGUAUCCUCGUGGCCACAGAUUUGGCAUCUCGAGGGUUGGAUGUCCAUGACGUAACGCACGUCUUCAACUUUGACUUCCCACGUAACAUCGAGGAAUAUGUUCAUCGUGUAGGUCGCACUGGCAGAGCAGGACGUUCAGGUGCUGCUGUGACCCUGGUGACAAGAGAGAACUGGAGAAUGGCACCUGAGCUAAUUCCCAUCAUGGAGCGAGCAGGACAGGAUAUCCCAGAGGAGCUGUUGCUUAUGGCAGAAAGGUAUCAAAAGCACAAGAAAGAGAAGGAAAUGUCCAAUCCAAGGGGAGGACAGGGGCGAGGAGGAGGGAGAAGAAAUGGUGGAACAGACCGUGGCCAAAACUGGGGGUUCUAAUACAGAGCUGUCCAUGCUGGAGCAAGGUCUCAAUCUACCUGUGUUAUUUCUUUUUAAUGUGCAUUUCAGUUCUUUAUUUUCUGUUAUUGAAAGGUUUGUUUGCUGGAUUAUAUCUAUGAUCAUUUGGUGGCAACUUGCACCUAAUUGUUUUCUUGUCUUAAAAGAAUUUAAAAUGCACAUUUUUCUCUGCCAUAAACUUAUUAGUCUGUUAUCAUUCAGAAUAUUUUGUGUUAUCUCUUGGUUGUGGAAAGCUUAAUAAAUUAUCUUAAAAAGAAA